AUGAGUGAUCCUCCCUCUAAUGAUCCUCCCUCUAGUGAUCCUCCCUUUAGUGAUCCUCCCUCUAGUGAUCCUCCCUUUAGUAAUCCCCCCCUAGUGAUCCUCCCUCUAGUGAUCUUCCCUCUAGUGUUCCUCCCUCUAGUGAUCCUCCCUUUAGUGAUCCCCCCUCUAGUGAUCCUCCCUUUAGUGAUCCUCCCUCUAGUGAUCCUCCCUUUAGUAAUCCCCCCCCCUAGUGAUCCUCCCUCUAGUGAUCUUUCCUCUAGUGUUCCUCCCUCUAGAGAUCCUCCCUCUAGUGAUCCUCCCUUUAGUGAUCCCCCCUCUAGUGAUCCUCCCUCUAGUGAUCCUCCCUCUAGUGAUCCCCCAUCUAGUGAUCCUCCUUCUAGUGAUCUUCUUUCUAGCGAUCCUCUAUGCAAAGAUUGCAAUGCCUGA